CGCGACCGCAUGAUUGGGAGAUGGAGCCUCGCGAUGCUUGGAGCCCUGUGAUCUGCGGGUGGGAAGCCCCGCGCCUUCUCUUUCGCCUGCCCGGGAGCGCAGAGGCGGCCGCACGAUGCCUGGUGUGACUGUAAAAGACGUGAACCAGCAGGAGUUUGUGAGGGCCCUUGCUGCCUUCCUCAAAAAGUCAGGUAAACUGAAAGUACCAGAAUGGGUGGACACUGUUAAACUAGCAAAGCACAAAGAACUGGCUCCCUACGAUGAGAACUGGUUCUACACUCGAGCUGCAUCCACGGCUCGGCACCUGUACCUUCGUGGUGGUGCUGGAGUUGGCUCCAUGACCAAGAUCUAUGGGGGCCGCCAGCGCAACGGCGUGAUGCCCAGCCACUUCAGCCGGGGCUCCAAGAGCGUUGCCAGGAGGGUCCUUCAGGCUCUGGAGGGGCUCAAGAUGGUGGAGAAAGACCAGGAUGGAGGUCGCAAACUUACUCCACAGGGGCAGAGAGAUCUGGACAGGAUUGCCGGGCAGGUGGCAGCCGCAAGCAAGAAACAUUAAAAUGAGCUUCAGUUUAAAAAUAAAAUCCUUUAUUUACUGACA